AUGUCAUCUCCAGGAUCAAACAGUCAACCGUCUUCCUCUCAGGAUCCCACCGAAUACCUCCGCAAUGCGUCAUUCUCUCGUUCCGAAAGCUCAGCCCCUCUCCCCGAGUCUAUGUCCGCGUCUGAUGUCCUCAUGGGUGCAUAUGACCCGGCAAAGUUGCACCCGCUGGCUGGUCUGGGAGAUCAGCUUGACUAUCUUAUGUUAGACGACGAUAAGACCAACGACUUGCCCGGUUCAGGAACCGCAAUACCAUCAAGAGGAUGGAGCGAUGAUCUGUGCUACGGCACAGGGACUAUGUAUCUCGGAGGUCUGGCCCUCGGAGGUGCAUGGGGAGUGCGUGAGGGUGCACGCCGCCCGUUGGCGGUUUCUAAUACGAGGCUGCGAAUCAACAGCGUUCUUAACGCCGUCACACGAAGAGGGACAUUCUUGGGCAAUUCAGCCGGCGUGUUAGCAUUGGCAUAUAACGGGAUUAACUCCACCAUCGAUGGUGUGCGGGGAAAACAUGACACAUUAGGAAGCAUGGCAGCGGGUGCCCUGACGGGUGCGCUCUACAAAUCCUCCGCUGGUGUAAAGCCUGCCUUGGCCGCCGCCACUUUGGUAUCUGGAUUGGCGGGCGCAUGGAGUUACGCGAAGAGGCGCAUUUGAGUAAUAUACCCAUUGUAACCUCUAGAGCCUUCCCCCCUCAAUCGCGAUUCUUCCAGCUAUUUU